CACGCGUACUAUCCCAGGACGGGCUCCUUAGCUUUCUUUUGUUUAGCUAAGAUAGCGGCUAUCCAUAAGGAGAUGUGAGGAGUUGCGAUCCUGCACCAGGGAGCAUCCGGUGCCCUGUGAAACUGAGUUGACACCAGCAUGCUUGUGCCGUAGUGGGGCAGCGUUGGCACAGAGGGCGAUGGUAUCGACCAGGCGUUACAUUUAGUUCCUCUGCUCCGCAUUUGUGAAGCUCUCGUCAGUGGAGUGAAAAAAAGAGAGAAGAAAGGGGGCAAAAAGAGACCAUGUUCAGGCAACAGGAUAUGGGGAAACGGCGCGGGGCGAGCUCUCAGCCUGUUACACAAGUGCGUGGGGUGGAGGUGGCGCGAGGCCGCACGGGCUAUGGCUUCACACUGUCGGGCCAGUCACCUUGUGUGCUCAACUGCGUCCUGAAAGGCAGCCCUGCAGACUAUAUGGGCUUGCGUGCUGGAGACCAAAUCCUCAGUGUCAACGACAUCAACGUUUCUAAGGCCUCACAUGAGGACGUGGUGAAGCUCAUUGGCCGGUGCACUGGAGUCCUGCACCUGGUAGUGGCAGAGACCCACCAGCGCCACCACCACCACCAUCACAAUCACUCUCAUGCACAUCACCCUCACUAUCACCACCAGCAUGUUGACUCUUGCUCCAGUGACGAGGAGCUUGCUUACCAAGACCCCAGGGGUGCUUGGACCACACGGCCUAAGGUGGACUCGAAGACUCUGGGGAUCAACCGGGCGGAGCGCGUGGUGGCGGAGAUGCAGUCAGGGGGCAUCUUCAGCAUGAUCUUUGAGGGCGCCUGCUCGAGCCACUCGUCCAGCAGCUCGGAGAGAGCGGCAGCCGUUUCGUCCUCGGCCGCCAAGCCCAAAGGCAAACCCCGUCACCCUCUGUCCGAGUCGGACGCCUUCCCCUACCCCAGUACCCGCAGGCACCGCAGCCAGCCGGACUUGCUGUCUGAGGACGAGCUGGCCAAGGUGCUGCAGGCUGACGACUCGGUCUUCCUGGACGUGUUCGAGGUGGAGCCGCCAGCCCCCGCGAUCCUUCCCGACUCACCCGCCGGCGGUGGGGACGGAGACGGCAUCCUGAACGUGGGCAUGGUGGUGGGCUACCUGGGCUCCAUCGAGCUGGCGUCGGCCGGCGGCAGCCUGGAGAGUGACAGCCUGCAGGCCAUCCGCGGCUGCAUGCGGCGCCUGCGCGCCGAGCAGAAGGUGCACUCGCUGGUGCUGCUGCAGGUCAUGCUGGACUGUGUGCGCCUGCGCAGCGAGCGUGGCCACGUGCUGGCCACCUACCCGGCCGAGAAGCUGGCCUUCAGCGCCGUGUGCCCGGACGACCGGCGCUUCUUCGGCCUGGUCACCAUGCAGGCCACGGAGGAGUAUCGACGGCGCUGAGGAGGGGACGAGGCCGAGCUGCGCACCUCCUGCCACGUGUUCCUGGUGGACCCCGAGCUGUGCCACCACAAGGUCCACCAGAGCGUCGCCCGGCGCUUUGGCUUCGACUGCACGCCCGACCCGGACACGGGCGGCUGCCUGGAGUUUCCCCCCACCUCCCAGCCUCUGCUUCAGUUUGUGUCGGUGCUCUACCGCGACAUGGGCGAGUCCAUCGAGGGCGUGCGCGCGCGGGCCUUCCUGGACAACGGCGCCGUUGGGGCUGCGGCCGCCGCUAAUGCGGCCGCUGCUGCCGCCGCCGCGGCGGGCGACAUGGACGCGCAGCAGAACAACAGCACCAGCAGCAACAGCGACAGCGGCAUCGGCAACUUCCUGCCCGAGGAGAAGAGCAACCGUGUGCUGCUGGUGGACCUGGGGGGCAACGCCCCUGGCCGACACGCCCCCUCCGGGCCCUGGGAGUUCCCCCAGCCAGCACGCGGCCCUCCCCCGCCCCCGCCCCCCGCCGCUCACAGGAACGGCUACCGGCACGAGCCCCUGUCAGACCUCGCUGACGCGCCGCCCCUCUCCACCAGACACCUCAGCGUCUCGUCCAGGAUGGAGCUCCAGGGCCAUCCCUCCCGCUCGCACUACUCCAAGAAAGCAGCGGCCGGAGCAGCAGGGGCUCGCUGGCUGCCGGUGCACGUCCUGCGGGACUGGAGACAGCAGCACGGUCACAGCAGCGACCAGGAGUCGUACGCCGAGUCCACCGACGGCUGGUCCAGCGCCAACUGCAGCACUCUGCCGCCUCCCAUGAACAAGAUUCCGGCCGACCGCUACCGGGCGCCCGGGGAGAUAGUGGCCGCCGCCACCACGCAGCCCCACCGGCUGACCACGCAGAAGGACGAGUGGGCCAAGAAGCUGUUCGGCACAGACAAGGGGCUCCGCGAACACCAGAACGGAGCCAGGGGCAAAGACGGAGCGGAGAAGAAGGGCGGAAGGUUCCGGGGCUUGUCCCUAGGGUUCCCCCCUCUGCCCCAGCGUUCGGGAGGCCGUCGCUCGUUCGGCCGCUCCAAACGCCUCAGUCUGGCCCGCUCCCUGGAUGACCUAGAGUCUGCAGCGGUCUCCGAUGGCGAGCUGAACAGUGUGGAUCUGAAGGGCUGUGGCAGUGACAACAGCCUGAACAGCAACGCCAGUCUGCCCAGCGUGCAGUGCCACCGCCGGCACACCGAGCGCCGGGUGGCAUCAUGGGCCGUGUGCUUCGAACGCCUGCUGCAGGACCCUGUGGGCGUCCGCUACUUCUCGGAAUUCCUGAAGAAGGAGUUCAGCGAGGAAAACAUCCUGUUCUGGCAGGCCUGUGAGUUUUUCAGCCAUGUUCCAGAGACGGAUAAAAAGCAGCUCUCCCAAAGGGCCCGUGAGAUCUACAACAGCUUCUUGUCCAGCAAAGCCACCACGCCGGUCAACAUUGACAGCCAGGCACAGCUGGCCGACGAUAUCCUCAAUGCGCCCCGGCCCGACAUGUUCAAGGAGCAGCAGCUCCAGAUUUUCAACCUGAUGAAGUUUGACAGCUACACGCGCUUCCUGAAGUCGUUCCUGUACCAGGAGUGCAUGCUGGCCGAGGUGGAGGGCCGUCCACUGCCUGACCCCAACCAGAUCCCCAGCAGCCCCACCUCCAAACACAGCACCAGCUCCGACCGCUCCAACUUAUCCACGCCCAAGAAGGACGACAAGAAGAACAAAUCGGGGCGAUCCCUGAACGACGACAGCAAGGACGAGCAGUGUGACAAAAAGAAAGGGAUCUUCUUCUCCUGGUCCCGCAACAGGAGCUUUGGAAAAGGCCCCAAGAAAAGAGACCUGUGUGACUACAGUUUUACGGGCAGCAAUGGCCGACGCGAGUCCCAGGGCUCCCUGUCCUCAGGGACUAGUCUGGAGUUGGGCACCUCCGGCUCAGGCAAGAAUGAGGGUGACACGUCCCGGAACUCCAUGUCUCUGAUGGAGCGCGCUGUGAGACACUGUAGCAUCAACCUUCCGGAUGGUUCUUGCUGUUCGGUACCCAUCAGGCCCGGGGUGUCCAUCCGUGAGCUGCUGCAGGGCCUGUGUGAGAAGCUGUCCAUCAACCUUGCCGCCGUAGACCUCUUCCUGGUGGGAGGAGAGAAGCCUCUUGUGCUUGACCAGGACUGCAUGACGUUGUGUUCACGAGACCUGCGACUAGAGAAACGCACUUUGUUCAGAUUGGACCUGGUGCCAAUCAAUCGAUCCGUUGGGCUGAAGGCGAAACCCACCAAACCCGUCACAGAGGUUCUACGGCCCGUUGUGGCCAAAUAUGGACUCCACUUAGGGGACCUUGUGGCCAGAAUAAGUGGAGAGAAAGAGGCCCUUGAUUUAGGUCUGCCCAUAUCAAAUCUGGAUGGGUUAAGAGUGGUACUAGAUGUAGCUGACAAUGCCACAGGAAAGGUAGUGACCGACAAGCAGAAGUUGACCACCUCCAAGAGCCACGGCCCGCCGCUGAGUGCCAGGAGCCAGUCUGCAACAGGGGACGAGAAGGCAUCAGGGAAGGCCUCAUCUGUCAAAACCCAGCUGCAAGUGGAAAAAAGGCGGCAGAAAAAGAUUAAUAUAGACGAAGCAGAAGAGUUCUUCGAGCUCAUAUCCAAAGCUCAGGGCAAGCGAGCGGACGACCAGCGAGGUCUGCUAGACAAAAGUGACCUGAUGCUGCCCGACUUCCUGCGCCUGAACGACCAGAACGACGACGACUACGACGGCGGCUACUCUGACGGCCAUCGCGGCCGCAACCUACACCACGGCAACCACCUCCGCAAGCCCCUCCUGUGCUCCACGCCCGCCGCCGACCGCGUCCGGGGCCACGAGAACGGCUCGGCCCUGAGUGCCAGCCACCAGACGCAGAGCCUGGACUCGGGCGUGACUGGUGGCGGUGGUGGGGGUCGGGGGCCUGGCCGUCGCGCCCUCAUGCCCCCGUCCGGCCCGCGCCAGCGUCUGCCCCGUGCCCCUGGCCCCGGACCCUCAGCCUUCUCCCCGGUGGGGCCCUCGUCCUCGGCGGACUGGCCAGGCUCGGAGCAGGGUGGCGUGGGGCGCGCCCUGGAGGACGAGGAGAGCAUGGCGGACCUGACGCUGGUGGGCGAGGGCGAUAUCAGCAGCCCCAACAGCAGCCUGCUGCCCCCGCACGCCGCCAUGGCCGACGACCCCCCUCGCCAUGGCAACGGCCCCUCUGCGUCCGCUUCGGCCACCGCUGGCCAGGGACGUGCUGGAUCAGGCAAAGACAGGAGACUGCAGGAGGAGCGCUCCAGGGGUUAUAAGCCCUCCCAACACAAGAGGGUGCCAUCAGUACCACCACCACCAGCAGGAGCAGCUCCUCCACCCCCACCCAGGGCUCGGUCCCGCGAGCGACCCAGGAAGAUCUCCUCGUCUGCGGGCCGCGCACUGGACGUGGAUCGCGUCCACUCAGAGCCCAGGGGCAGGAGGCCCAGGGACGCUGGGCUGGGCCCCGGGAUGGACAGGGUGGUGGGGGACCUGCAGAGCCGCAGGGGCCGCAUGAGGACUGGGGUGUACCAGACCUCCAACCUGCCCUCCCUGCUGCCAGUCAGAGCCCAGCAGGACAGCCAGGCGGACAAGGGCAAGCCCAAGGCCACCUUCGUCUAGCGGCCACCAAGGACAAGGGCGAAAACAACAACCUACAGCAGCCACAAUACGCAUCUGUUUGUCUGGUGCCUUGUGGAUGAUGUACUUAUUCACUAUGGUUAAUGCAAAGACUUUCACAAACUCUUUAACUCACUUUGUGAGUUAUUAUGAAGGGGGUGUUGCCACCAAAUGGAGACCUGUCAAGUAUGGACAUUUGCACAUCAUACAAAAUAUUUUGUAAAAAGGUUUUAAUUCACAAUGUACACUAGUACUCUUUGAUACAGUUUAAAUUAUUUUUUUCAUUAACAGAAAAUAAUUUUGUCGAUUUAGUAGUGUUGGGUGUUACUUCUAAGGAUACUGCAAAGUGAAGUCAUGGAUUAGGGCACAAAGGAAACAACAUGCUGAACAUUAUUUACAAAUUAAACAUUGUAAGAUGGGUGCAAAUUGUACUUGAGCAGUUAACAAACUUGGUUGAGAGCCUCCUGUUCUCUCUGAAUGUUAAUAGUGAUGGUUCAGCAUGGGCUCUGUUGUACUGACCAUCUGGACUAGAAACUGAUUCUCACUGGCCAGAUGCUCUCCAGUGAAGAACAGACAGUAGAUCAGUAAUAUGGAGAUUUGUGAGGUUGGAAGAAAACAGUGAAAGAAAUAUAAAAAGAAGAUUACGCAGUCCACUCCUAUGAAAGAAGGAAACCGCACAAAAGGCAGGAAAGCAGGGACAGCCCAGAGGUCCUGAGGCAUUUCAUUUAGAGCUGCAGAAGUCUUCAUUUAUCCAUCACACAUUUGUCAAAUUAAAAUGUUAUGGUCUCUUG